AUGCUUCUCCAUCACUCUCCAAUUCCGCUGGUCUUCAUAGCUCUCAUACAACACCACAAUUCUUCUCUGGCACAAGGCAGCACACAGCCAAAAUUGGUUGAACAACCUAGAGGCUCGAGCUUUGAGCUGACAUGCAUCUCUGAAAGAAGUUUGACGAAUGUGAUGAGAGACACAAACAGGUCAUGUCCAAUCAAUGAUGAAUUCCAGAGCUUUUCAGGUCAAGGUCCUCAAUUUCGAUCCGACGGACUGGUCUAUAAGUUCGAUGCAGUAACCGUCAAGCCAAUCCGAAAAUCGCCAGACGAUGAGAAAUCAGAUGAUUUACAUGGAUUUGUUCAACAAAGAUGUUAUCGUGACGAAAUCGAAACCACCAAUGAGCCUGUUUGUGUCUAUCUCAACUCAGGGUUCAACCACGGCCGAGGUAUGGUCAUCGUCUCGCGCCGAUCGGUCCUUGAAGGUAUUGUUGAGCGAAUUUUCAAGCCCGAAAGCAUGCUCGCGAAGGACUUCAAUCGGAAUCCAGGAAGCUUCAACGUGAUAGAUAUGCCAGAGAAGGGUGGAAAAGGAAUCAUCGCUUCACAGAAAUCUCAUGUUGGCGACUUGGUUCUCACUACAUAUCCGGUUCUCAUCAUCACGUUCGAAGCAGGAUUGUGGAAUCACCCACAGGCUUUCGAUUUAGAGAAGACGAUGGUAGACUAUUUACCACUAGAAACUAGAGCGGAAAUCGCUACCUUGCAUGGUGAAGGUGACACUGAAGCAUCUUGGAUGGUGUCGGCUAUCCAGCGAAACAGCUUUCAGCUAAUGUUAGAAGGUGAGCCCUACGUGGCUCUCUUCUUGGAUGCCUCGCGGGCGAAUCAUGACUGUCGCCCUAAUGUGGUCUAUCACACAGACGGAGCCACCUUGAAGUUAAAUAUGUAUGCGGUUCGCGAGAUAGAGGUAGGCGAGGAGCUCGUUGCAGCGUAUCUGAACAUACAACAGCCAACAGAAACUCGACGCGCCUACCUUCGUCAACAUUAUGGCUUCGAGUGCCAAUGUUCAGUGUGCUCUUUGCCUGAGCAUUUGAUUGAAUUGUCAGACUCUCGAUUGAAACAAAUUGGGGAACUUUCUGAAGCAUUGAGUGACUGGACAUCAACAUCUAUAGCUGAUACAAGCAUGGCGGAAAAUUUACUGGAGCUCUAUAAGCUGGAGCGAUUGGAGAUUUACAUGGCCGACGCUUAUGCAACUGCAGCUGCACGCUACAAUUCUAUCAAAGACUGUGACAAAGCAAGGAUAUAUGCUUCCUUAGCUAGUUCCCGCGACAUUCGGUUACGCGGUGCGGGCUCUGAGUAUUUGGAAGAUAUGAUUAGUUUGAGAGAUUCGCCCGAAGCACAUUGGACUUAUGAUCAUCGCAAUAAGCAAGAUAUGCAUUAG